AUGCUAUGUUUCACCGGCGUUCGCUCCUACGUCCUGGGUCUUACACUGGCUGCUAGUGCACGCGCAGCUACGUACUGCGUCACCGACACCUUCCAGGGUACCGACUUCUUCAAUGACUUCGACUACGAGGCAAUUCCAGACCCUUCUCACGGGCUAGUGGAUUACGUUGGUCUCGCCGACGCUCAGAGCUUAGGCCUCGCGACUGUAUCUGGAGACAACUUCUUCUUGCGCGCAGACCACACGGCUGUCCUAACAAACGGUGAAGGCCGCAAAUCUGUGCGCAUACAAAGCAAGAAGCAGUGGGACGACCACGUUUCCGUCUACGAUGUACUCCAUAUGCCGCAAGGAUGCGGUACAUGGCUCGCGAUUCGAGAGAACGGCGAAGACCUACCUAUAGGCGGCCAAGUGGACAUAAUCGAAGGGAUCAACGACGUCGCGCCCGACGCAACAACUCUGCAUACCAGCGCCAACUGCACAAUGCCUCCCUCUCGCGCCAUGACGGGCAACAUCACAGGACUCGACUGCGAUACCGCGGUGGACGGAAACGCCGGGUGCGGCGCGCUCAUCACGGAACCGAACUCGUAUGGACCGGCGUUCAACGCGAAUGGCGGGGGUUGGUACGCGAUGGAGCGAACAGACACUUUCGUCAAGGUCUGGUUCUGGCAAAGAACCGACACGUCUGUACCCGCGGAUGUGAAGCACGGCGCAGGAAGUAUCGACACAGGCAAAUGGGGCACUCCGGACGCGUACUUCCCGAACACAUCGUGCGACAUUGGUGCCAAGUUUGGGCCUGCAAACAUCAUCAUCAACUUGACCUUCUGCGGCGAUUGGGCGGGCGCUGAGUACAACGCGAGCGGUUGUCCCAGUACUUGCACUGACUACGUGAGCAACAACCCGAGCGCUUUCGCGAAAGCGUUCUUCGAAAUUGGGUCCGUUCAUGUAUACCAGUAG